GAAGUGUUUGGAAUUUUUAUUUACGAUGUUUCUGAAGGUGAAAAGGUUGAGUGAAGGUCAAAUCGAUAUUUCCAAUGAUCGGUGUGAUGUGAUCUAGUUCAGCCCUGAAUUCAGAAAGGUUAAUACGGAAAACCUUCUCCACCAAAACUGAUAUCAACUCAGGAAAAAUACGUCUGAGCUGAAACUAUGGCGAAUGCAGCACUUCGUAUUUUCGCAAAAUCUGCUACAAGAGAAGGUUCAAAUCUAUUAAGUAGGGUUAAUUGUACAACAAAGCUUCCUAACUAUGUUCAAAAAAGAAACUUGAAUCUCCAUGAACAUAUCAGUUUAGGCUUAUUAUCUAGUGCUGGCGUCAAGGUUCCUAAAUUUGGAGUGGCUAGAACUCCAGAUGAAGCUCUGCAAGCUGCUGAAAAUUUAGGAAGUAAAGAUUUUGUUGUCAAAGCCCAAGUUCUUGCUGGGGGUCGAGGAAAGGGAACUUUUGAAUCUGGCUUAAAAGGGGGUGUGAAAACUGCUUAUUCACCUCAAGAAGCCAAAGAUUUAGCUGCUCAGAUGUUAGGCAAACGGUUAGUUACUAAGCAGACUGGAGAAAAAGGAGUAUUAUGCCAAGAAGUGAUGAUUGCUGAAAGACUGUAUACUCGGCGAGAAUAUUAUUUUGCCAUUAUGUUGGAGAGAGAAUUUGGUGGUCCAGUGAUUAUUGCUAGUUCCCAAGGUGGUGUGAAUAUUGAAGAUGUCGCUAGAGAUAAUCCUAGUGCUAUAAUAAAGGAACCCAUUGACAUCACGAAAGGGCUCUCUACCGAUCAAGCCAUGAAAGUUGCUAAAUAUUUAGGAUUUAAACCAAAUAAUAUAGAUCAGGCUGUUGAAAUAAUUGUGAAAUUGUAUGAAGCUCUUUUAAAGUAUGAUGCAGUAAUGAUUGAAAUAAAUCCUCUUGUGGAGGAUGCUUCAGGAGAUGUAUACUGCUUAGAUGCUAAAUGCCGAUUCGACGAUAAUGCUGAAUUUAGGCAAAAGAAGCUCUUUGAACUUAGAGAUUGGUCACAAGAAGAUUCGAGAGAAAGAGAAGCUCAUAAGCAAGGCUUAAAUUAUAUUGCUUUAGAUGGAGACAUUGGUUGCUUAGUUAAUGGUGCUGGACUUGCCAUGGCUACAAUGGAUAUUAUCAAGCUACAUGGUGGUAGCCCUGCUAACUUUUUAGAUGUUGGGGGAGGAGCUACAGUUAAACAAGUUACUGAGGCAUUUAAAUUGAUCACAUCAGAUUCCAAGGUGCAAGCAAUUUUAGUAAACAUCUUUGGUGGCAUUAUGAGGUGUGAUGUUAUUGCUGAAGGUAUAAUUACUGCAGCUGAAAUGUUGAAUCUAAAAAUACCUAUUGUUUGCAGACUUCAAGGCACUCAAGUAGAUGAUGCUCAAGCUCUGAUUGCUGCCAGUAAACUGAAAAUUUUAGCUUGCGAAAAUCUUGAUGAUGCUGCAAAAAUGGUUGUGAAGCUAUCGACAAUAGUUGGUUUAGCUCGUUCUGCAUCCGUUGAUGUCAAAUUUGAAUUACCUCUAUAAUUACAUUUGUAUUCAUGUAUAUAAACUGACCGAAUACCAAAUCAAAACCUGUUUUCAAACAUUAGAUAAAACUUAUAUUUAUUGUUAACCCUGCUAGGAUUUGCCUUAAUUGGAAAAGGCAAACUGUUGUUAGCUUAAAACAGCAUUGUACUAGUAACGAGGUCUCAUUUUAUAUUUAUUUCAUUGCCUCUAAUUAGUAGUACAGAAGCUUAGCUUUUAUUGUCAAUUUGGAGCUUUAUAUAAUUUUUGUUUUAGUUCUCUGUAAAGCAUUGUAAAUGAAUUUUAAAAAUGUUUAUUUAGACAUGACACAUACAUUAAAUAUUUGUCCCUAUUGUAUAUUGAUAUAAGUUUUAUAUUAAAAUAUUCCCAAAAUAGUUUGACUGUUUCUGAA